GGCGAAUGCCUAUAUGGCCUAUGGCUUUAGCCAGCCCUGGGGCUACAAACUGGGAGCUACACACAAACCAAUAAGAAAAUAAAUAAUUCUAAAGAAGUAAUACUCCUCCAGGUCCACAGUCUUUGAGGAGCUGAAUUUUGUGUUAAUGAUAAGUUUGUAAUAUCUGAGCAGGAACUAGUGCUAGUUUCAGUCUGACUUUCCCAGCUGUAGGAAAGAAGCAACUGCUGUCUUUGUGGCCUGGAAAAAAAUGUCAGUGUUAAAAACAUGGGGAUGGGCUGUGAAAUGCUAGCCUACAAUUCCUCUUAAUUUGCUUCAGUGCAGCAAAUGAAAGUGAAAUGUGUCAGUGAGAGAGAUUCUGUCACUGCUAACACAAGCAGUACACUGUAGUGCUGCCUUUCUGUGUCUGUACCAGCCCUCCUGAGCCCAGAUGCUUCUCUGCACUAUUUGCAAGAACCAGGAUGUUGCUGGUUUGUGUCUAUCUUCUCCUCACCUCAACUUCAACUGCUUCAGGUGAUCAGAUCAGAUUAGCUGGGCCUGGGUCCACUCGGUGCUCUGGAAGAGUUGAAAUCUAUCACAGCUAUACCUGGGGAACAGUCUGUGAUGACAACUGGGACAUAAAUGAUGCUAAGGUGGUUUGCUGGCAGCUGGGCUGUGGGACAUCACUGGAGGCCCUUCAAUCAGCCCAAUUUGGUCAAGGAACAGGAAAAAUCUGGCUUGAUGAUGUGAGCUGUUCAGGCAGUGAAUGGUCUCUAACUGAGUGUCGACACAGUGGAUUUGGGACACACGACUGUGGACACAGUGAGGACGCUGGUGUCGUUUGUUCAGGUGAUCAGAUCAGAUUAGCUGGGCCUGGGUCCACUCGGUGCUCUGGAAGAGUUGAAAUCUAUCACAACAACGCCUGGGGAACAGUCUGUGAUGACAACUGGGACAUAAAUGAUGCUAAGGUGGUUUGCAGGCAGCUGGGCUGUGGGACGUCACUGGAGGCCCCUCAAUCAGCCCGCUUUGGUGAAGGAACAGGAAAAAUCUGGCUUGAUGAAGUGAGCUGUUCAGGCAGUGAAAGGUCUCUAACUGAGUGUCGACACAGUGGAUUUGGGACACACAACUGUCAACACAGUGAGGACGCUGGUGUCGUCUGUUCAGUGGAUCUCCCAAAGCCCAGCAUCUCCAUGAAUCCUGCUGGUGAGGUUAGCUGGGGUCAGAACGUCGGCAUCACUUGUUCAGUCUCAACUCAGCUUUCAGGUGGAACAUUCAAUCUGAAGAAGACCUCAGGUUCAUACAGACAAACUCAAACAUCAAGUAGAAACCCUGCAACCUUCAACAUCCCUAAUGUGAACUUUGAUAAUGAGGGAUCGUACCAGUGUCAGUAUGAGAAAAGCAUUUCAAGUCAAUCAUUCAGCUCCCCCCUGAGUGACUCUGUCACACUCUCUGUUACUGUGAGCUUCCCAAAGCCCAGCAUCUCCAUGAAUCCUGCUGGUGAGGUUAACUGGGGUCAGAACGUCGGCAUCACUUGUUCAAUCUCAACUCAGCAUUUAGGUGGAACAUUCAUUCUGAAGAAGACCUCAGGGUCAUUCAGAAUGACCCAAUUGUCAAGUAGCAACUCUGCUACCUUCAACAUACCUAAUGUGAACUUUGAUAAUGAGGGAUCGUACCAGUGUCAGUAUGAGAUAAGUGGUUCAAGACGAAACUUCAACUCCCCUCUAAGUGACUCUGUCAGACUCUCUAUCACUGUGAGACUGCAGCAGCCCAGUAUCUCCCUGACAUCUCCUAACAGAAAGCUGGUCUGGGGUCCUGAGGGUGCAGAGGUCACCAGGAGUUCCAGCUUUGUCUUCACCUGCUCCAUUAACUCCAUCUAUCGUGAAGGCCAUUUCUCUCUCAUCUUCUCUGGCUCCAACGUUAAUUACACAAAGCCAGCAGUCAACCUCUCAGCCUCCUUUAACUUCCCUGAGGCUGAGUAUGAACACCAGGGCAACUACAGCUGUGUGUAUGAAGUCACUCUGUCUGGGCAGAAGUUCAGUUCAACAGAGACAGCACCGAUUAUUGUCAUCAUUACAUUGCCGUUGUUGCUGUUGAUGUCUUCAGUAGCCGCUGGGAGUCUGCUGCUGCUCCUGCUGGUCUUGUUGGUGGUCUGUCUGGUCCGCAGGAGAAGACGACAAGCCAAACAGCCCGUAGCCCUCGCUCUGACUCCAGUGGCUGUCAGUGUUGAGAACCAUUACGGCGAUGAUGAGGAUGAGGAGGAGGAGGAAGACUAUGAGAACGUUGAGCCAGUGAGCACCAAAAUGAAACUCAAAGAGCAAGCAUGCGGAGUGGAGGAAGAGGAGAGUGAUGAUUAUGAGCAGCCAGAGAGUGACGAAGGUCAUGAUUAUGAAGACGUGGACAGGGAUGUGAAUUACAUAAAUGCCGAGGAGUUCUGUCACAGUGUGGAGGACGAAGGUUGUGAUUAUGAAGACGUGGACAGUGAUGUGAAUUACAUAAAUGCCGAGGAGUUCUGUCACGGUGUAGAGGACAACGAAGAGGAAGAAGAUGAUGAAGAAGAAACCAGUGAUGAUGAAGAUGACUAUGUAAAUGUAGGCUAAGCUAGUCAUUUAGCUAGACACUGAGAUUGGACUUUAUAGUGAAGCAGGAGACAUCUUAUGCGCAGCAGUUAAACUUUUUGAAAUGAAAAUAUAUUUGUAUAUUCAUUGAUUGUGGAUUUUUCAAUGAGAAUGAAGGAGUAGAUGUAAUUUUGAGGAUUUUUUUAACAUGGUAACUGAACAAUUUUUCUGAACAAAACAUGAUUAUUAUUUCAAGCUUAUUCGUGUUUUUAUAUUUCUUAAAACAUGUCCAGAGGGGAUCUUUAAUCUUAUGUCGAAUUGCUUAGUGUUAUUGACAUAUAUAUAUACAUAUAAACAUACUGUAAUUAUUGUGUCAAAUGACAUUUUUUAUGAUCAGGCAUAAUGUUAUCAGAGUUUCGGGUUGAGGUGUGGAGAAGUGGAUCAGUAAUGAAAAAGUGUCUUUGUUUUUGUUAUUGUUUUUCUUUUGCUGGGUAAUAUCUUUGUUGUUGUUGUAUGAAAUCAUUUGAAGACAUAAUUCAAAUACAUAAAUUGUACAUUUUUAUUUUGAAAUAUUGUUU